AUGCGCACAGUUGGUCUCUUCCUUGAGCCACUCCCGGUGCGCAUCGCAUUUCAGCAACAUGCACACACAGGCGACAGAAACACGGACGGCAUCUUCCCCCGAGCGCCUCUCACCCGUAGCGAGUAUGUCGCCGCAGUGCAGUCGCUGUCGCAGCGGGCGCUCGCCAACGCAAUGUCCUGGGGGAAACUGCUCGAGCACCUCGGUAUUAGCGGCACAGACGUGCUGCCUGACCACCCACUCUUCGACUGCGUCGUCUCGUACCACGAUAUGCGGCCGACGGCGGGCGGGGCCUGGAGGCAACUGGAUUUGAUGGACGGCGGCACAGUAGAGCCGCAGUUGGUCUGGAGUGAGGGCGCCAAGUUCAAGUUAAUGAUUGAGUUCAUGGCUCUAAGUGACGACGCGCUUGUAAUGCGUCUCGAAUACGACGACACGUGCUAUGAGGGCGUGGACCACGUCGCCGCUGUCGGGCGCUUGAUUUUACGUGCCUUUGAUGCCGUCAUCAGUCCGGUAGACAGCGGCAGUCAUGACAGCAAUCAUGUCAGGAGCGAGCAGUCCUUUGCUGAGGCCCGCGAGGAAAUGAUGAAAAUUUGGCGGAAAGAAGAGUCUGCCGCUUUUGUGCCUGGACAAUGUGAUUACCAGCUUGUUGAUGAUGUUGGUGACCUCUUCCAAAGACCCUUGGGGAGCAUCGAUUGUGCCUAG